UCGUCAGUCUCUCCUGCACUCCCCGCUCACUGGAGGGUGUGGGUGACUUGAGUGCCAGGAGAGCUUUGAAUAACAGAGAGAGAGGGGAGAAAUAAAAGGAAUAAGCACCACAAGCCCUCAGUAUUCCAGCAGCAAAGAGAAGACACAGGAAUAACCAUGCCUGAGCCAGUCCCUGCAGCUAAACCGGAGGGGGAGGCCCCAGAGGAACCAACUGAAGAGGCUAUACCGCAGUCAGAAGAAGAUGAUGCAUUCCCAGCAGACGGAGGAGCAGAUUCAGAAGCUGAUGGGGAUGAUUCUGGCUCGACUGAGCUCACUGGGCUCUUCAUCGAGAAGCCAGAACAAAAUGUCGUCGCUGUUGCAGGAACGGAUGUCACUUUAAUAGCCAGGGUUGACUCGAGCACCCUGACAAGAAAACCCACCAUGAAAUGGCUGAAGGGCAAGUGGCUGGAUCUUGGCAGCAAAGCUGGGAAACAUAUGCAGUUCAAAGAAACUUAUGACAGAAAUACAAAGAUCUAUACUUAUGAAAUGAAGAUCAUCAAAGUGGUCCCUGGAGAUGCUGGGGGCUACAGGUGUGAGGUGACGGCAAAAGACAAGUGUGACAGCUCUACCUUUGAGAUCUCUGUUGAAUCUGCACGACAGGAGGAGCAAGCAGAUAUUUUGUCUGCCUUCAAGAGAGCGGAUGCUGGAGAGGAUGAGGGAGAACUGGAUUUCAGUGCUCUGCUGAAAGCGACUAAGAAGAAGAAACCUGUAAAAGAGGAACCAGAGGUAGAUGUGUGGGAAUUGCUCAAGAAUGCCCAUCCAAGCGAAUAUGAGAAAAUUGCCUUUGAGUAUGGUAUCACUGACCUGAGGGGCAUGCUGAAACGCCUGAAAAAGAUGAAGGUCGAGCCCAAGCAUACCGAGGCUUUCCUGAAGAAGCUUGAAUCUUGCUACUCAGUGGAAAAGGGCAAGAGGAUUGUGCUGAAGUGUGAGGUGGUUGAUCCCGACAUCCAGGUCAAAUGGUUGAAGAACGGCCAGGAGAUCAAACCCUCAGCCAAAUAUGUGAUGGAGGCAAAUGGGACUUUCCGAACACUUACCAUCAAUAAGACGACCCUGGCUGAUGAUGCUGCGUAUGAGUGUGUGGUUGGCGAGGACAAGUGUUUCACAGAGGUGUUUGUCAAAGAGCCCCCUGUGACCAUCACCAAGCUGAUGGAUGACUAUCAUGUGGUUGUUGGAGAGAGAGUGGAGUUUGAGAUUGAGGUGUCGGAGGAGGGCGCCCACGUCAUGUGGUUCUUUGAGGAUAUAGAGCUUCACAAAGAAAAAGAUUCCUCAAAAUAUCGCUUCAAAAAGGAUGGAAAGAAACACACGAUGAUCAUCAAUGAGGCUACGCUGGAUGACAUUGGAAUGUACCAUGCUUGGACGAAUGGAGGGCACACCAAAGGAGAGCUGGAGGUGGAAGAAAAAGAACUGGAGGUGUUGCAGGACAUUGCUGAUCUGACAGUCAAGGCAACAGAACAGGCGUUGUUCAAAUGUGAGGUGUCUGAUGAAAAGGUCACAGGAAAGUGGUACAAAGAUGGAGUGGAGGUCCUGCCAAGCGAACGCAUCAAAAUGACUCACAUUGGAAGGUUUCAUCGGCUGCUUAUUGAUGAUGUGAAGCCAGAGGACGCUGGAGACUAUACGUUUGUUCCUGACGGAUACGCUCUUUCGCUUUCUGCCAAGCUCAACUUCUUGGAAAUUAAGAUCGACUAUGUGCCUAGACAAGAUCCUCCAAAGAUCCACCUGGACACCACUGGAAACAUGGUGUCCCAAAACACCAUCAUUGUGGUGGCAGGCAACAAACUCCGUCUGGAUGUGGAGAUCACAGGAGAGCCAGCACCCACCGUUGUUUGGUCAAAGGGAGAUCAACAAAUUAUAGACACUGAAGGGCGUAUAAGGGUGGAGGCCAGGAAAGACCUUAGCUGCUUCGUCAUAGAGGGGGCAGAGAGGGAGGAUGAGGGCAACUACACCAUCUGUGUUACUAACCCUGCCGGAGAGGACAAGGCUAUGCUGUUUGUGAAGAUUGUGGAUGUGCCUGACCCCCCUGAGCAUGUCAAAUGCCAAUCAGUGGGAGAGGACUGUGCCACCAUCACUUGGGAGCCUCCUAAAUUUGAUGGCGGUGCACCAGUCAAAGGUUAUCUCAUGGAGAGGAAGAAGAAGGGCUCCUCCAGAUGGACAAAGCUCAACUUUGAUGUAUAUCAAUCGACCACAUAUGAGGCUAAGAGGAUGAUUGAAGGUGUUCUGUAUGAGAUGAGGGUGUUUGCUGUCAACAGCAUUGGCUUGUCUCAGCCAAGUCUCAACUCCAAACCCUUCAUGCCUAUUGCCCCAACUAGCGAGCCAAUGCGUCUGUCAGUACAUGAUGUGACAGACACCACAUGCAGCCUGAAGUGGCUUGCCCCAGAGAGGAUUGGAGCUGGGGGCCUGGAUGGCUAUGUUAUUGAAUACUGCAAGGAAGGAGGCACUGAGUGGGUAGUGGCCAACCAGGAACUAUGUGAGAGGCAAGGAUUUGUGGUGCGUGGCCUCCCCGUGGGAGAGAAGAUCAACUUUAGGGUGUCAGCAGUAAACAUUGCUGGACGCAGUCCUCCUGCUACACUGUCACAGCCCGUCACCAUCCGUGAGAUCGUUGAACUUCCAAAGAUCCGCCUGCCUCGCGAUCUGAGAACCAAGUACAUCAGGAAAGUUGGAGAUAAGAUCAACCUGACCGUCCCCUUCCAGGGCAAGCCACGCCCUGUCGCAACAUGGUACAAGGAUGGUCAACCCCUUGACCCCAAGAUGGUCAACGUCCGUAACUCAAACGUGGACACCAUCCUCUUCAUCCGCUCAGCAGAGAGAGAGCACUCUGGAAAAUAUGAGUUGGUGCUACAGAUCGAGAACAUGGAGGACAGAGCCACCAUUGACAUCAGGAUUGUUGAAAAGCCUGGACCUCCUGUGAACGUGAAAGUGAUAGACGUCUGGGGCUUCAAUGCAGCACUGGAGUGGGAGCCCCCCAAAGAUGAUGGCAAUUGUGAAGUUACUGGAUACACCAUCCAGAAGGCAGACAUGAAGACUAAGGAAUGGUUCACUGUUUAUGAACACAACAGACGGACCAACUGUACAGCUUCAGAUCUGAUCAUGGGCAACGAAUACAUGUUCCGCGUCUACAGUGAAAACCUUUGCGGCCUGAGCGAGGAGCCGCGCCAGAGCAAGAACACGGCUGUCAUUGCCAAGACAGGCCUGGAGUGCAAACAAAACCCCUACAAGGAGAUAGACGUGUCCUGUGUGCCCAAGUUUACGCAGCCCCUGGUUGACAGAUCUGUAGUGGCCGGUUACAGCACUGCCAUCAGCUGUGCCGUCAAAGGCUUCCCCAGGCCUAAGAUUAUCUGGAUGAAGAACAAGAUGAUCAUCGGUGAGGAUCCCAAGUACUUGAUGCAGAACAACCAGGGAGUGCUGACCCUCAACAUUCGCAAGCCAAGCACCUUUGACGGAGGCAAAUACUCCUGCAUGGCUGUCAAUGACCUGGGCAAGGACGAAGUGGAGUGCAAGCUGGACGUCCGAGUUGCCACAGACCCGGACAAGAAGUGAGAAACCGAACAGCAAGCAAUGUGAAAUGAUAUGAACCAAACAGUGAAUGUCAGUAUGAUAGAGCGCACACAAUCAAGAGUGAAUCAAAUAAAAUGUAGUCAUACCUGCUACAAAUAAAUGUGUAUUUUGAAUAUG